UUGGAGACAUAACGAUCAGAUGUCAUUGAGAAGUAACCAAAAGGGCCUAAACUACGCAUUGGAGGGAUAUAUUCAUCAUUUUAUUGUUGAGAAGGUCGAUGAAAAGCUUAAAUUACAAGCCAAAAUUUACAGGUCACAGUGUACGCUUGUGAACCGCAUCUGGUUGCCGUCGCCAUCAAAGACAACAAGUUAAAGUGCCACUGAAGUUAAGGUUUUUGGCUCAGAAUAUGAGAAAAGGAUAACGGCCUUUUUACCAUCUUUACCAAGAGUGUCUCUCCGUUAGUUUGGUGCUACAGUAUUUACACUGAAUCAUUCAGCAUAACGUUUGCCAACCUUUGUUAUCUCUGCCAUUACAGAUAAGUUAAUGAAGCUAAGCUCCAGAAGUUAACGUUAGCUUAACUAGAGCCCUUUGGACAACAGCUAACAAUGAUGUACCAUCACCAAAGUACAAAACUAGAACAAAAUAGGCUAAUGAACUCCCAGCAAACAAGGUUGUGAUGAAAGCGAGUGAGGACAGUAACGAUGAGGAUGACCUGACCGUCUCCGAGCAGCUGGAGAAUGCCAACAAAGACUUUGGAAAUGAGCGUGACGGCAUCGAGGUACACGGUGACAUCGCUGUGUCCCGUCUGCCCUCCCUGAGGAACGCCGACCCCUGCGUCCUGCGUGGUUGCAUGUGGCCUAAAGCCACCGACGGCAAGGUCUACAUUCCUUACGUCAUCGCUAACCACUACUCCUCUACGGAGCUGGAUGUCAUCAAGAGAGGCAUCAACUCUUUCUCCUACUCCACCUGCAUCCGCUUCUACCCCCGCAGGAAUGAGAGGGACUUCAUCCACAUCCAGUCUCUGGAGGGAUGCUACUCCUUCGUGGGUCGCCAGGGCAACAGCCAGACCGUGUCUCUGAGCCGUCGGGGCUGCAUUUACCACGGUACGGUGCAGCACGAGCUGCUCCACGCCCUGGGCUUCAACCACGAGCAGUGCCGCUCUGACAGGGACCAGAACAUCCGGGUCCUGCUGCAGAACAUCAUCAAAGGUCAGGAAUACAAUUUCAACAAGAUCAACACUCUGAACCAGGGGACUCCGUACGACUACGGUUCAGUCAUGCACUACGGCAGGCUGGCCUUCUCUAAGGACAACUACAACCCCACCAUGGUGGCUGUCCCGAACUCCAACGCCGUCUUUGGCACAGCCAGGCAGAUGAGCCAGAACGACAUUAACCGCAUCAACCUGCUGUACUGCAGUAACUAGUCCUCCUCUCCAAUAUGUGUCACCCUGCAGCCUCUCUGACAGAUAAUCAAUCAAUUGAUUUGUCUUCUGAGUCACAAACCCAGUGAAAUCAUUUCCUAAUGUCGACAUCACACCAUCACACUGGGAUGAAUCAUCUAACGUGACUCUGGGGCAGAUAAUUAUUCAUUGUCAGGUCAGUGCAGUCUUGUGACAGGUGUCUUUUUCGUAUCCAUUACAUUCUGUCUUCUUCCUGAACAGAGAAAGUCUGGAUUUAUAAUGAAAGAUUUUCCUGUUUGCUU